UUUAAAACGACAGUCAUAUCGUCAUAUGCAGUCGUAUUUACACGGCGCCGUGUCGUCAAGUUAUGGUAUAUAUUUUUAGUCACAUUAUUUUUAAUGUUGACAAAAUUUUUCACAGUUGACAUUCUCAAUUUAUUUAUUAAUUUAAAAAAUUUCAAAAUUUUCAUUUAAUAACUCCAUUAUUAUAUUUAUCUAUUUAUUAACUUCUCCCGGUUCAAAUACAACACAGUAUCAAUAAAAACAAACCUAUUUUAUGAUAACUUACUAUUUAAUAAUAAGUAUAAAUAAUUAUUUUGUUAAAUAAAUUAUAAUAGUUACUAACAAAGUUAAUUAAAUUAAUUAACACAAGUAUAAAAAAUAAAAUAAUUCAUAAUUAUGUCACUAGAUCAAACUGUCUGUGAAGAUCUCAAAGCUUUCGAAAGAAGACUUACUGAAGUUAUUGCUAGUUUGCAGCCUUCAACAUUAAGAUGGAGAAUACUCUUAGGUUUUAUUUCAAUAUGCACAGCAGUAGGAGCUUGGCAUUGGCUGACAGAUCCAAAUACAUCAGCAGUAUCAUUUACACAAAGUCUUUAUAAUCAUCCUAUUUUUGCAUUAGCUAGUAUUUUAUUAGUAAUUUUAUUCAUGUUAGGUGUCCACGGGCGUGUUAUUGCCCCAAGUAUAAUAACACAACGAGCACGAAGUGUUUUGCGUGAUUUUAAUAUGAGUUGUGACGACACUGGAAAACUUAUUCUCAAACCAACACGACCGCCGCAUCCACACGAGACCUGA